AUGUUUGAAAGCGUCUCAGCACCGUGGAUCCGACGAGGAAGAAUCAGCGAAGAUCAGGACAGCAAACUAAGCGCCAGCGAGUGCAUGUUAAAUCGUAUUAUGGCCCUUCCGCUGCACUGGCCCCGUGCCAGUUCUGCGAUGCUGAUCUUCAUUGUUUGUUCUUGUGGCGAUGAUCGAAUGAAAUGCUUUCCAGCGUCCUUAAUGGCCACUGUCGAAUAUCUUCGAGUAAUGGUACCUUCUCUGCUCCAAAUUCAGCAGCUGCCUGAUAUAAUGUCUAUUGCUGGAAAGUCUUCUGGUUCCAGUUUGGGCACCUUAUUGUAA